CCGAGAAACUCGUCUGCUUGUCAUCAUCUCUGGAUGCUGAUUUUCCUCAACAUGGACCUUGAUGGUGCAACGUCCGAAAUCCUAAACGAAUGGAAGGUCGGGGAACAGCUCCACUCCUCCGGCUCCUCUCCGGAGUCUCAUUCUUCUUCCUCUGUGGAUUCCGUGUGCUCCUCGCCGGAGAUGUUCUACUCCGGAGAUCACCGCGAGCUCGCCUACGGCUCUCCGGAGCGGGCUCGCUGCACCGGCCCCAAGGCGCCCAGGACGCACGGCAAGGCCAAGAUGUCCACCAAGAGGCGCGUUAAGGCGAGCGAGAGGGAGAAGAUGAGGAUGAGGAGUCUCGCCGAAGCUCUGCACCAACUCCGGGAUUACCUGCCGCCGGACUACACCACGAGGGGCCAGCCUCUGACCAAAAUACAAACCCUCAAGUACACCAUCGAGUAUAUCAACAAGCUCUCGGACAUUCUGAACCGUGCGUAAAAGUCACCAUUUUACGCACCCGCGCGUAACGAGACCAUGCUCGUAUUUGGACUUAUUUUUUUAUCUUUUUCCUUUUUUUUUUAGGAUAACUGCUUUACAUGUUGAUAAGUGUGUUUGAAUUCAUGACGUGGCUUUGCUCUUUCCUGGAUGUAAAUAUUUUUGAGAGGCCGCUUAUUGUUUUGUAUAUGGGGAUACAAUUGUUGACACUGGUAUUAGAGAAAUCAUUUGGUGACAUUUUGUAAUCGUUUUUAUUCGUAUAAUCUAUCUCAUUUUAUUCGUGUGAACGAUUUUGGAAAGAAGUAGCUACAAAGGUGUCCGUUCAUAGCUAUCAGUGCAUUUGUCUUGCUGAAAAAAAAAUAAAUUGAUGAUUGACGUAAA